UGAUGCAAUCAGGGUCGACUGUGUAUAUUUAUAGUGAAGGUGGUAUACGUUCUUUUCUAAGUACAGAUCGACAUCUGAUUCAGUACUGUUUUUCAAUUGGUGGUGAAAAAACUUUACAUGGAUUGCAUACUGUGAAUGUUAAGCGGGCGUUUUCGUAGUGGAAUUUAAAGUACUUUACACAACACAGGAGUGGAGAGAUAUACACAGUAGUUGAGGCCAACGGACAGACAUGUUAACCAUCUACCACCUCCUGAGGACAUGCCUCUGGACUUUACCCCUGUUUACUGUUAUAUGGUCGGUCUCGGGUUUCGCUAUAACAUACGGCAUUUCCCAGGCAUUGAAUCACACCUCUGAUGUGUUUCCAUACAUAAGCAAAACAGGGACAGAAGUUCCUGAGAGAGGGCUUUUCUCCUUAAUUGUCUUUGUCUGCAGUCUUUCAAUGGCUCUUAAUUCAGAGAUCCGAUUCCAGUACGUCCGCCUAAUGAUGACACAAAUGUCCUUGACCCCUUCGGAAAAAUCCCGUUGGAUCACCGCCAACAAGUUGACCUUAGGACUCGGGCUUAUCGCCUCGUUUGGGCUUGUCUUUGUUGCAAGUUUCCAGGUGGAUACAUUACCAGUGCCUCAUUACAUGGGAGCUUUCGUGACCUUUGGCCUUGGGUUCAUUUGCUGUUGGAUUCACGCAGCCAUAACCUACAAACUGUAUAAAGAAGAGAGGAAGUCAAUGCUGAAACUCACGUUUGUUUUUCAGGUUUUAGUCAGCAUAACAAUCACAGUCAGUUUCAUCACAUUCGUUAUCAGCUUUGCAUCAUACAGAUAUCAGAAGAAACAGGGAUACGGCACUAAAGAGAGAGAGUUACGAGGCAUUUUUCAGUCGGCCUCUACCUCGGAGUGGGUUUUGGCGAUUGCCACUAUUUCCUAUGUCCUUACCUUUAUACCAAGUUUUAGAAAAUUAGAAUUUGAUGGUUUCAAUGUUAAGUUUAAACAACUGGCAACAAACAGCAAAACAAAUGUUUGUCUGAGGCUGUGUAACUGUUGCUCUUGAAGAUCAUUAUCAGCCAGGUUUCUGUAAUAUAGUACACUACAGUGGACGUAGUCAUUUUAUCACGACGACAUAUCGAACAUGUGUUGGGAAAAGAGCACAAAAUCAUUGUUUUUUAAAGCUAGACGUCACUUGACGUUAUUUAUGGUCAGCGACAACUUAUGUAAUGGCUUACUUUCUACGGCUCCGAUAUAGAGACCUCGGAUGCGAUGCCUCAUCAAUGCUGUUUGAGAUCUUGUGCCAUUUUGUCAUUUGGUGCCUAGCCGCAGGAUCAUCAAUCAGGCCUAUCAAAAUUGUAUAAAGAGAAUUUUAAUUAUCACCAUAUCAUGUUGUUAACCACAAUAUUUUCAGUUGCAGUUCAUUAAUUUAGUGAUAAAUAUUUUAUCAAGGAUUAAAAAUUGAAGCCAAUAUGUAACAUAUUAAAAACCCAACAAUUUCAGGAUCAUACUUCAACUAAUCAGUUUUGUGUUUGUCCUCAUUUAGGUUACUUUCCUUAUCAGAAAAGGUACACUGUACUAAGUAUAUUAACGGUAGUCAAAGACCUUUCAUGGCCGUGGGGAAAAGUCUGUAUGUUAUUGAUAACAUACGUUGUUUUAAAUCGGUGGACAAUGGUGCUUCUUUCCUCAACUUGAUAUUCAUAGAUCUAACAAAGACAGCGGUAAAUCAUCCAUAUUUUUGCCAUUACGCCCACAGGCAGAGCGAGAUUUUACUCGGAAAGAUAAAAUUUUAUGAAAUCUGUUUUUGCAUUUAUGCACGUUCAUGUCCAUACCCUAACCUGUCGAUGUUGUUUUUGAAGAACAUGUGUGUACAUUAAACUGAUCACAUUUACGGUUUGACUACUUAUACACGGCGUCGGUUAUUUAUGUACAUGUACAUCUAGCCGCAAAUAACGAUGUUUGUAAGGGACAUGAUUGGAUCAUGUAUUGCACAAAAAAAUUUUGGCAAUCAUUUUUUUUGUAUUUAACAUUUUUUACACUGAAAAUAUCAUCAUGAAAGAACAAUAUUUUUAUUAUGUUUGUCAUUUCUAUUCACGAAAAAAAACUUUCAUACAUGACUGUUAAAAUUAUGUGUACCCUGGGUACGAUUGUAAGCUCAGAUUUUGUUGUCAAAUAAAUAAAAGACUUAUUUUUCUCAUAAUU